CUCCAGUUGCGUUCAACGGCCACAUUUCAAACUAGAAUGGCGACUGCUGUCUGCGGUCUGCAGUCCACCGGCAACAACAGCAAACCAGUGAAAACACACCGAGAGCACCGGAGGAAAGCAAAGGAUUCUAGAAGAAGACAAGCGGCGUUGUUGUUUCUAACUAAUAUCUCACUCGACGGACGGCCCCAGUGUCAGCUGAGCGAUGGAAACGCCGACCAAAGAGCCGCGGAGGAGCAGCGACUCGGGAGCAGAGACAGCGGCGCAACGCUCGAGCCCCUGCCGGCGGUUAGCCAAGAGCCGGUCGUCCAGGUGACAGAACCCACCAAUGCCGGAAGUGGCUCGUCCUUCAGUUUCCCCGGGGUGGUGGUCUGUCCAACCCGACCUUCUUCAGUAAUGUCUCCGGGACUUGCCGGGGCGUCCGCUGUGGGGGCCAACGAUGUAUUUUUGGAGGGUGGUAGUGGGGCCGAGACGCUAACCCCGGACACCCCUCUGUCUCCUGUUACCACCGGACAGCAUCCCUGCUCCCGUGUCAGGUCAACGCCCGCCGCUAUUAGCCCGGUCCCGACCGGUAAUUCUCUGGAUUCACGACAGAGGUUGAGGAAUGUCUCUGGUUCUCCUGGACCCAAAGUGCCAAAGAAAGUCCACUUCAUCAAGAGUAUGAGACAGUACGAUACCAGGGGAUGUAGGAUCGUGCUGAUUUGUGCCAAGCGGUCGCUAUAUGCCGCUUUCUCAGUGCUGCCCUAUGGAGAGAGUGCUCACCUCAGUGAUCCUAAGCUGGAGGCACAGAGACAGAGGUUGUCUUCUGUUGUGGCUGCUGACCUGCUUCCUUCCCUUGAAGGUGUGGAGCUUGGAGACUGUGGCAAGACGGUGUCAUACGCUCAGUUCCUUUACCCAACCAAUGCCUUGGUGAGACAGAAGAGCGGCGGCGCACCAGAGAACUGCACAGCUCAGACCCCCCAGUCCCGUUUCCGUGGCAAUGGGCAGAGGAACUUCACCCCGGCUCGUCUGAACAACAGCGUGGCACAAGACCCAUCUACAGAGGAGGUGGUAGAGUACAAUCCUAACCUACUCAGUGACCCUCAGUGGCCUUGUGGGAGACACAAGAGGGUUCUGAUAUUUGCAUCAUACGUGACGACUGUUGUUGAGUAUGUGAAACCAUCUGACCUGAAGAAGGACAUGAAUGAGACUUUCAAAGAGAAGUUUCCUCACAUCAAGCUCACUCUGAGCAAGAUAAGAAGCCUGAAGCGGGAGAUGCGGGCCAUGAGUGAUGACUGCGGUCUCCAGCCGGUCACCAUAGCGAUGGCUUUUGUUUACUUUGAGAAGCUGGUGCUGCAGGGCUGCCUCAACAAGCAGAACCGGAAGUUGGUGGCAGCUGCGUGCGUGUUGCUGGCCGCGAAGAUCAGCAGCGAUUUGCGGAAGCCAGAAGUCAAACAGCUCAUUGAUAAGCUGGAGGAGCGUUUCCGCAUCAACAGACGGGAGUUGAUUCCGUUGGAGUUCCCGGUGCUGGUUGCCUUGGAGAUGGGCCUUUACCUACCAGAGAGUAAGGUUAUGCCACACUACCGCAAGCUGGUGCAGCAAGGCUAGGACUUGUGUGUGUGGUAGAGUAAUCGGCACUGUUUCUGUGGUGGAGCGACCCCUUUUAUAAGCUGUGGUGUUGAAACAAAUACUUCUGAUACUAUUUAUUUUCGGUCGCUCACUGUUUAUGAAGGAUAACUAGUUUACACUCAUAUUUUAGACUUGUAUGUGUCUCCGAAUGUCUUUUUGUACGUGUGACGUUGCUAAUGCAGUCAUGAACUCUAUGUUAGAGAUGUUUUGAUGAGCACGUUAAUUGUGCUUUUAUUUUAAUACGUCCUAGUGUUCUUAAACUAUUUAAAUUAAAACAUACGCUGUGAUGUUUGCGGAAGACUCGUCUCCUGCACAUUUCUCAUGACUACAGUUGGUAGCGUACUUAUGAAUUACAAGGAACCAUACUGUUGAUUUUUGUAAAUGCCUUUUUAAACACCACUGUGACAUUGAAGAUGAUUUUAGCCAAGAGACUGACACUGUCGAUUGUUGGUGAAAAAGAUCAGAGAAGAACAUAACCUUCAAUUUAAGUUUGUUCAAUACUUGUAUGUUCAACAAUACUCCAGCCACAUUCAUAUUUAUCUUGUGAAUAGAAAAUAUUAGUUCACACUCAUGUGGCCAGCUGUGUUCAGACUGUGUGCCGAUGUACAGUACAACUGUUGGAAUAAUAUAAUAUGUGAUGCUUUUAAUUUGAAUGUCAUUAACCAGAGAUGUUUUUAUAUUUUCAAAAAGAAAACACUGGAAUUUAUUCCUGUCAGGCUAGUUGACGCAUCUUUCAGUUCUCAGGUGUUUUUACGUUCUCAUGUCUUUGAAUGGCUCAAAUCUAAUCCAAAGAGAUUAUAAUUAUAUGUAUUACCGUUGCUGUGAUCACUGAAAUCACCUGUGCUCCCAUUGUAAGUGAAUGGAAGGUAACUGAUUGUACUGCUAACAGAUCACAUGACUGCAGUUGCCACUUAAUGUGUAGCUCUUCAGAUUUAGGUGUUUG